UGGAGGUAAGAAGGCCGACGAGUUGCAGACUCGCAGGUCACACCCCCAGUUGGCGGCCAGUUCCCCACCUUCUCUUGUCGGAUUCCAAACCCUAAUAAGCUUCUCCGUCGAAUCAGCGGUGCUCUUGUGUUGCCGGAGAAUCAUGAAAAGGGCAAUUCCGUGGAGCGACGACGACGAAGGCAAAGAUUCUCCGGAUUCAGAUGAUGAAUCGUCCACGUCGUCUUCGGCUUCGGAUUCUGAAGGUGAUGGUGGCACCACCAAGACGAAAACCAAGAAUGCCUUGAAGCACAAGAACUUGAAAGGCAAGUUUGUAAGGCGUAGGGGUGGAGCUGUGGACUUUGAAGAACUGAGGCGGCAUGGAUACAAAGGUGGCCCCUCACUUCUGAGAAUGCCACCGCCUAAAGACGACACAGAGCCCAACUGGACCUGGUCUACGGGCAAAGAAGAACGCCUUGCUGCCACCAAGGACAAGAAUGGAGAGUCUUACGAAGAGCGGCAGAAAACAAGGGCAGCUCUAAUGGCUGGGGAGCAGCUGAUGCAUUCACAGACCCGGAAAGAGAAGGAGGAGAAGAAUCAGCUUUCAUUCUCGCAGAAGGAGAAGAGGAAACGAGAGCUUGGUCAGGCUAGCAGGGGAAAGAAUUAUGUCGAGGAAGAAAAGAGGUUGUUGAGAGAUAGUGGCGUCUACUCUGGCUUUGAUACAUAAAAUGAUAAGCAAGAACUCAGAUGCAACGAGUAGUGCUCUGUUGUGCAAAGUGAUGUAAUGCAAGAUUUUGUGUUUGAAUGAAAUCCUGGAUUGGGCAUCAAUUGGUGUUUCCAAUUGAUGAAAUUCCGGAUUUCUCAAUCAAGUGCAUCUUUCUUACUCUAAAUGUUCAUCUAAUUUGAAAAUGCUGAGGAUACCAUAUCAGCUCAUCAUUUCUGUA